AUGUCUUCCACCGGGGGAGGAUGGGCGCAACUACGCCAGCAAGCGCGCACGCUGGAACAGCAAACCGAGACACUGUUCCACACAUAUUCACAAUUCGGCUCGACACCAAACAUUCCAGCGAAACCCUCAGAGGAGGAGUUGCGGGUAGAAACUAGGCUGCAAGAAAUCCUUGAGCAGCGGGACGCGCUUGUGGCUCAGCUAUCACGACUACUCGACUCCGAAUCCACCCAUGGCUCUUCCGCCGUCAAGCAAAACAACCUUGCCAGACAUCGCGAAGUGCUCUCAGAUCACCGCCGCGAACUCGCUCGUCUCAAGUCCUCUUUGAACGACGCCCGAAACCGAGCCAACCUGCUUUCGAACGUACGAUCAGACAUCGACGCCUAUCGUUCAGCCAACCAAGCCGAAGCUGACUACAUGCUUGACGAACGGAACCGCAUCGACAACUCACACAACAUGGCCGAUUCAGUUCUUAGCCAAGCAUAUGCAGUACAAGAGAACUUUGCUAUACAGAGGGAUACGCUGGCGAACAUCAACCGGAGAAUAGUGGGUGCUGCAAGCCAGGUGCCCGGAAUCAACAGUUUGAUGGGAAGGAUUGGGUCCAAGAAACGAAGAGACGGCAUCAUACUGGCGAGCUUCAUCGCUUUCUGCUUCCUAAUGCUCUUAUGGUUCAGGUGA